GCUCUAUCCGCUGAGCCAAACCGGCCAGGGCAGGACUUGUAGUUUUAAGCCAGCCAAUCGGUUUGUUACCGGCUUAGGCCGUCAUGAAUUCAUUUAUUCUACAUCGUUCUUGUUGGACCAACAAAUGUGUUCGCAUGUGUCACUUUUCAGACAUUGCUGUGUGGCCGAGAGGCGUUUUAUAAAACAACCCCAGUAUGUGCUAUACUAUACAGCCUCCCCUCCCCACCCCCACCCCUUAGCCUCCAUUCUGCCUAACGUAUAUCUAACGGGAAAUUCUGCACCUGUAAAUGUAAGGAGCAGCCUGGGGCUCAAGAGACCACUGUGGGACUCGGAUGUGUGUCCUGGAGGCUCUGAACAAAAACCAAGGCCCCAACUUCCAAGUGUACUUGAAUGCCUUCUCUGCCCCUGCCCUUCCCCUCUGUCUGAUCUAACUUAUAGCCAUUAGUUAUGUGUACUCAAUUUUCAUUACAUAAUCUUCAUGACAGACCAUGUUUUGUAAUAGGAAUUUCUGUCCGACUGUGGGAUUUUUUUUUUUAUCAUCCCAAAUGUACUUUUUUGUGAGUCUGCCUUAUACUGAAAAUAGCUAAAGCUUUUUAACCAAUAAUUUCAUGCUAUUAGUGUAACAUUCGCAUCCUCAUGUAUUAGUGUUAGGCUUCUUCCCACAAUCCUUCGAAGAGGAAGUCACACGACAGACCUAGGUUCUACUCUGAAAUUGAAGAUAAAAGUAAGUCAGGUACAUAUAUAUGCCAAUUGCACAAGAACACUGCUUUCCACAAAUGCAUUCCUUUGCUCUUUGUGAAAACAGGAAGAAGAAAAAAUGUCUCAAAAGCAGAUGAAGGAAGCUUUUGUUAGUAACCACAAUGGAACCAGCGUGCUGGAAAUUACCCAGGGCUUGUGCUUGCCUGUGCUCUGCAUCCUGUGCAGAGGGCUCCUGAUCAUUCUCUCACAGCACUUGUGGUCUUCACAUACCUGGAGAACUCGAUUCUUCAUUGACUUUGUUUUCCUAAUAGUUCCCAUGGUGACCACUUUGACCAUUUUGUCUUCCUUUGUAUACCUUGAGCACCUCACUGUAAUUAUCUUUGGGGCAGGGCUAUUCUAUCAAAUAUACUGCCGGAGAACUUGCUAUGUCAGAAUGCCUGUCCAGAAAAUACUUGAAAAAUUCUUAAAAAUUAGUCUAGAAUCAGAAUACAUUCCAGCCAUCUCCUGUUUCCGUGUAAUUAACAGUGCCUUUACUGCUGUUGCCAUUUUGGCUGUGGACUUCCCACUUUUCCCCAGAAGAUUAGCCAAAACUGAGCUCUACGGGACAGGAGCAAUGGAUUUUGGAGUAGGAGGCUUUGUGUUUGGAACUGCAAUGGUUUGUCCAGAGAUUAGGAGAAAAUGUAUAGCAGGGUCCAGAUUUGAUCAUUUUACAAAAUCAUUGUACUCUGUUUGGCCAUUAGUCUUCCUAGGAGUAGGACGAUUAAUCAUUAUAAAAUCCAUAGGCUAUCAGGAACAUUUAACUGAAUAUGGAGUUCAUUGGAACUUUUUCUUUACCUUAAUAGUUGUGAAAUUGGUAACAUCACUGCUUUUGAUGUUUUUCCCACCUAAUAAAUCCUGGAUUAUGGCCAUUGGCAUCACUGUAUUAUACCAGCUAGCCCUUGACUUGACCCCAUUGAAAAGGUUAAUUUUGUAUGGCACUGAUGGCAAUGGCACAAGGGUUGGUUUAUUAAAUGCCAACCGAGAAGGAAUAAUGUCUACCUUGGGGUAUGUGGCAAUACACAUGGCUGGUGUGCAAACAGGGUCAUAUGUGCUUAAAAAAAGAUCACAUAUCAAAGACUGGAUAAAAGUAGCGUAUUGUAUUCUACUGUUAGCUAUUAGCCUCUUUGUAUCUCUUUACAUAGUUCAGGUAAAGGUAGAAGCAGCAUCUAGAAGAAUGGCCAAUUUAGCCUUUUGUGUUUGGAUAAUUGCUUCUAGCUUGAUCCUUCUUAGUAGUUUAUUACUAGGUGAUAUAAUUUUGAGUUUUGCCAAAUUUCUAAUUCAAGGGGCUCUAGUACCAUGUUCUUGGAAACUUAUCCAGUCUCCUGCUACAAAUAAAAAGCAUUCAGAAUCUCUAGUCUCUGAAGCUGAAAGAAAGAAACCCAGUCUUUGUUUAAUCACAGCUAUAAACAGAAACCAGUUGAUUUUUUUCUUGCUGUCAAAUAUAACAACUGGCCUAAUCAACCUGUGGGUAGAUACAUUGCACAGCAGUACCCUGUGGGCCUUCUUUGUGCUCAAUCUUUAUAUGUUUAUCAACUGUUUAAUUAUAUAUAUGCUACACUUGCAAGAUAAGACUAUAAAAUUUUGGUGAUCAAUAGGGGUUGGAUGUGUGUGUGAUGAGGAAUUAAUGAGAAUAGUAAACGUGAAGAACACGGGCUUUUGGCAGUCUAGUGUUAACUAUAUUUUAUUAUAAAAUUAAGAGUUUCAGCCCUUUUCUAUAACAGUAGUGAGGCUUAAUAUUUUAAUGUAUCUCUACACUAUGUAAAACAAACCAAUGGAGAAGAAACAGGCCUUAUGGCUUGUUAGAAUGUUAAAUUUCAGUAUUUUAAAGAAACUAUUGUAUUUAUAGUUGUGACACUGGAAGAUUGGAGGAUGGGGAGGAAGUUUUUAAUUUAUCUUAUAUCACCUUAUACCAGGGGUGGGCAAACUUUUUGAUU